GUUGACGACGCUCGGACGCAGGCGCAUUCGGGCACACGCACAGGCUCGGCGAGGAAAUAGCAUUUAAACAAUAAUUAUGAAUGUAAACGUUUUGUUUCUUGCACUUCUGUAAAGAUAAAUUAUUUUUUUCUAUUUUCAUGAGAUAGUUAGAGUCUGUGUUUAUAACUGCGUUCAUAUUUUCAAUUAGCAGUAGCGAUAGUUUCGAAGUAACCGGCUUUAUGCGAUCAGGCAGCUAGGCCUUGCCUGGCCCACACUGUCUCGGUUCAAGCAUGCAUCCCUCCUGGGGCGGUUAUGGAGGUGCACCCCAGCCUCCUCCACACUUCGGCCCGCGGCCUCAUCAGUUUAGGGGACCUCAGCCCCCACCAGCAGCAGCAGCAGCAACGGCAGGAUUUGGAGGAUAUGGCGCUCCGUCAAUUACAGCGUCAUCUAAUUUCUCUAGUUUACACGAACAGCAUUUACAACAAAUGCAGCAAUUGCAGCAACUCCAUCAGAAGCAGCUGCAGUCUGUGCUGCAUCACUCCGGCAACACCAACACCAGCAGCAGCGGGCCUUCUCCGUACUGGCAGACAGGCGGUGCACCACCUAACAAUUUUCAAGAUCCAUCAACUCUGAGAGGUCCUACUGGGCCGCCUCAACCUCAGCCUCCGCCGCCUGAAGUGAAACCUCCAGCUCCCGAGCCCGCAUCGUCCUCUUUACCUGCUGCGAAGACCCCCGCUCCAGUACCACAGGAGCAGCAGGAAUAUUGGUACCAGCAGCACCUUCAAAAUUUGCAAAAGCUGAAAAAUGAGAAGGCAAAGCAGAAUCAAAGUUCAGCUAAUGGAGGCCAUGCUUCAGCUCCUCCGCCUCCAGUUGAACCCCCAAAGAGCACCCCUCCACCACCACCUCCCAAAGAGGAACCCCCUCCUCCCCCACCACCUGAGGAAUCAAAGCCCAGUGGCAUCAGUGAUGCAGGAGACCCAGCUGAAGCAGCACGUCUUCAGCAGCUGCAGGCGGCAGCUGCCCAUUGGCAGCAUGUGCAGCAUCAAAGGGCCAGCCUUCAGUACCAGGCACUCAUGCAAGAGCAUGCUCAACUACAGCAGAUCCUGCAACAGUAUCAACAGGUUAUUCAACAGCCAGCGCAUCUCCAGACAUUGCCCUUGGAAAUGCAGUUGCAACACUAUGAAAUGCAGCAACAGCGAUUUGCUCCAUUGUACCAAGAAUGGGACAGGCACUUUAAUUUGUGGUUAGAACAGUUUCAGACAUACCCACACAAAGACCAGCUGCAUGAUUAUGAAGCUCAGUGGAGGCAAUGGCAGGAGCAAAUGAAUUCAACUUCAGCUCAUCUGCAAGAGAGAGUCACUACUCUAAGAGCUAUGCAGCCUCAGUAUGGUACAGGUCCUUCUUAUGGAGGCAUGAUGGGACCAUAUGGGCAGCAUAGACACCCUGUACCAGAUGGAAACAUGCAUUUAGCUGGCCCAGGACUACCAUCUAUGCCUCCACCAGUUAACAUGGAUGCCAUGUCAAGACCUUCACCACAGGGCCCACCACCUUCUGGACCAGUUAUUCCACAGGGGCCAUCACCUGCAGAAUCUUUCCCAUCUUCUGGUCCAGAUUCUGUCUCUGAAACAUGUAAAACUGCUGGACCACCUGGACCAGGGGUUCGACCACCUGGAAUGGGGGUUCGACCCCCUGGGCCUCAUGGAAGAUUUGAUGGCCCAAGGUUUGAAGGUCCCAGAGGCCCACGGUUUGAACAGCCACCCCAGCAACGGUUUAGUGGGCCACCCAGAUUUGACACUGGUCAGCGAUUUAGCCGACCUCCCAGAGGUAAUCCUCCACACCCAGGGGCUCCAGCAAGACUUGAGAAUCCCCCAAGGCAGAAUGCACCUUCACGUUUUGAAAGACCCCCUGUACCCCCUCAACAACCAGGGCAUGGACACCAAUCCAGUCCUGUCCCUGGAAUUCAAACAAAGCAACAAUCAGCAAAACCUGAUGCACCACCAGUUCCUCCACCUCAAACAGGCCCAGAAAAACACAAAGAUCCCUUAGAUCAAAGUAGCAAAAAAGAUGGUACUUCGACUGGUCCGUCACUGACAGAUGACAUACUGGACACAGUGGAUGGAUUUUUUAUUCAGAGUGGACCCAUUCCUCAAACUCAGGAUAAUAAAUCUGAGAAUAUCAGUGCUGAUACUGCAAAGCAGGAUAAGGGGACAGAAGAUGGAACUAAACCAUCCUUACCUACGGAAAGUUCAAACACCACCAACAAAAAAUCUCAGAACUCUAGCUCACAACCUCCUAAAACUGGUCAUAUUGCCACUACAACAAGCAAUGGGCCACCGCAACAAGCAAAGCCUCCUCAAAAUAAGUUUAAACCUGAUACAAUUAAGGAGGCUUCUAGGGGGCCACACAUGUUGACUCAGACAGGUCCACCACAGGCGACACGAGGGAGAGGAAGGGGCCAAGGGCCAGUGCCUCUUCGAGGCAGGGGGCGUGCACGUGGUCGAGGGCAGUACGGGGGACAAAUAUCUGAUCCAAACUGCCAGAGAGAAAUUAUGGAAGAGGAUCCCUAUGACCAUCAGGAAACGGAUGAUACAGGGCAUGGAGAGGACCAGGAUUUGGUUUGGAGAGACCCCUCUUUAGAUGGUCCUGGAGAAAUAGAUGACCAGGAAGCACCCCUUGAGAUGUGGCAUCCAGAGGAGGAACACUUUCCAGAAGAGUACCCAGAGAGCACUCAUCCAGGCGAACACUGGGAAGAAGAAUCACAGGAUUAUUGGGAGGAAGAAGAUCCAUACUGGACAGAAAGAAGACCUCCCAUGCAUGCUAGACCUCCUUUUCCUCCAGGGGGCCCCAGAAGACCCCCUUUCCAUCCUCGAUUUAUGCUUCAUGGCCCUAGGCGCCCCCCUCCUCCUGGAAGUUUGCAACACAACCCACAUGGACCUCCUCUCAUGGGACCACGUGGUGGAAUGGGACCACGAUUCAGGCGGGGUGUAGGCCCAUGGGGACCACUACCCCACCAUGACAUUAUGGAGCGAGACUUGAGACGGCCACCACCUCCUCAUGAAAUCCUGGCAAGGGAUCCAGCUGUACCUCUUGAAUAUGAUGAAGAAAUUGAUAGAGAACCUGGAUGGCCUCAUCCACGUGGUCGAGGGCUGAGACGUCCUUCUUUACCUCCCCAUGAAAUGGGGAGAGGUAUGAGAAGACCACCCAUUAGGCCCCCAAUGCCAAGGGAGAGGUGGCGUGUCCCACCACCCCAUGAAGAAGGAGAUUAUGAGGAGGAAUACCCAUAUGGUGAAGAGGAUGAAAUGCACAGAAGACCUACUCAUGAAUAUCCAGAUUAUGAGCAAGACGAUGAGUAUUAUGGUUCUCGUGAGGAAUGGGGCAGGGAGCAGCCUGACCUAGACUAUCCACUUCAUCGUCGCCCAGAGCACAUUAGAGAGGAACAUUGGUUAGAGGAAAGAGAAAGAUCAUUCCCAUAUGAGGAAGAGGAUCGAUACAGAGAGGAACGAAGACGACCUUGUUACCCUGAUGAUUCGCCUUAUCAAGAACGAGAUAGGGAGCCUUCAUUUCACUCUCAUUCUGAUUGGGAAAGGCCACCACCUCCACUCCCACAAGAAAGAGGUUACUCUCAUCCAGCUGGUGAAACAAAGCACCAUUAUGAGCAUAACCCAGAGUCUCUAGCUGGCCUGCCAGCACCUCAAGACCCGGAUACCCCACUUGAGCAGUCUUCACCUAGUGCAACUAAAACUGUACUUGCUCUUUCUCAAAGGCAGCAUGAGAUCAUUCUAAAAGCUGCCCAGGAGCUGAAAAUGAUAAGAGAGCUCCAGGAAAGCAAGAGGGCUUUAGGAGAAGCUUCCAACCCAGAUUCAACUGGGUUGCCUUCAGAACUUCCCCCUGGAAUUCUCGGAUUGGAAAUUCCACCUGAGGUUAAAAGUGCUCUUCAGGCUACCAAUUUAUUGUCCGAAACGGGACAGAUUGUUCCCGGUCAACCUUUGGAAGCUGGUUUGCCCCCUUCAAAUCAAUCUAUAGACUUUCUUCAUUCUUCAGCACCUGCCCCUACAGCCACAUUCAUUGCUAAAACAGUGGACUAUGGGCAUGGUCGUGAUGUUGGUGCAACAGUGGAAAGGAUAUCUUAUGGAGAGAGGAUUGUGUUGAGGCCUGCCCCACCGCCAUCUGAGCGACUAUAUGAGAAAGAACUACUUGGCCCCAGAGACCCAUACUAUGACAGAAGAAGUGACCCAUAUGGUGGUCCCAGAGAUUAUGACAGAGAUUGGGAGAGAGAUCCAUAUAGGGAGAAGCCACCUCUGGAUUAUGAGAGAGACAGAUAUGAAAGGGACCGUUACCUACGAGAUGAACGACCUCCACUUGGGCCUCGUCCAGGACACAGGGACAGGGAAAGAGAUCACUCAAGUCGUUCGAGCAGGGACCGAGAGGUUUAUAGCCGAUCAAGUUAUGAGAGGUCUUCCUAUGAAAGGAGUCUUGAGCAUUAUGACCAUGGAUCCUCAAGCUAUGGUGAUCGGAGGAGCUAUCCAGAUGAGCGCCCCCCGCCACCCACAUCACUGCCCCCUCCUGCACCUGUUGCCCCUCCUCGUGUGGAGAAGAAACCAGAGACAAAGAAUGCUGAGGACAUCCUCAAACUCCCAGGUCGAUCAACUCGACCUGACAGGAUUGUAGUCAUCAUGCGUGGUUUACCUGGAAGUGGCAAAAGUCAUGUGGCAAAACUGAUUAGGGAUAAAGAGGUUGAAUGUGGUGGUGCUCCACCCAGAGUUCUGGGUCUGGAUGACUAUUUCAUGACUGAAGUGGAAAAAGUUGAGAAGGACCCUGAUACUGGGAAGCGUGUCAAGAACAAGGUGCUUGAAUAUGAAUAUGAACCAGAGAUGGAAGAUACAUAUCGAAACAGCAUGUUGAAGACAUUUAAGAAAACACUGGAUGAUGGAUUUUUCCCAUUUAUAAUCCUGGAUGCCAUUAAUGAUAAAGUGAAGUACUUUGACCAGUUCUGGAGUGCUGCUAAGACAAAAGGAUUUGAGGUGUACUUGGCUGAAAUCACCACUGAUCAACAAACAUGUACAAAGAGAAACAUACAUGGGCGAACACUAAAGGAUAUCACAAAGCUGGCCAGUGGCUGGGAGUCUGCACCACCCCAUAUGAUACGACUAGAUAUCAGGUCUCUACUGCAGGAUGCGGCAAUUGAAGAUGUGGAGAUGGAAGACUUCAACCCAUCUGAAGAAGAAAUAAAGGCUGAUGUGAAAAAGGAGGAUGACGACGAGACGGAUCUGGGAUACCUUCCGAAAAGCAAAUGGGAGAUGGACACUUCAGAAGCAAAGCUGGACAAGUUGGAUGGUCUGGCGGGAGGAGGCAAGAGAAAACGAGACAAUGAUGUUUCCGGCAUGGAAGACUUCCUUCAGCUGCCUGAUGACUAUGCCAGUCGCAUGUCUGAACCUGGCAAAAAGAGGGUGCGCUGGGCUGAUCUCGAAGAGAAGAAGGAUGCCGACAGAAAACGCGCGAUUGGUUUUGUUGUUGGUCAGACAGACUGGGAGAAAAUCACGGAUGAGAGCGGCCAGCUUGCUCAGAGAGCUCUCAACCGCACCAAGUAUUUUUAGGAGAUUUUGUAAUGACAAUUGUACAGCGUUUAAGGUUACCAUGAAAUUCUUCAUUUUCAAUUUGUACUGCCUGAUGAAGAAAGAGCAUUGACUCUUCAGUCGUUGGUCGAUCCUGUAGUACACUUAAUGGCCUUGGUAUAAUAUCUGGUGUAAUGUAAAUGCCUUUUUGUUUUAUCCACAAUCUUAUUUUAAUAGACAUUAAAUAUUGUGUGAGGUUUUGUAGCAGUGGUUCAUUUGAUUGUAGGUGAUAUCCUUACUUUAUUUUUAUUCCAUAGAUCUAAUGUAUUUGGCCCUGAAAUAUUCUUGUAGUUCACACACAUGUACUCACUCAAUAAAGCUUACAAAACAGUCUCAUAAAGAA